AGCUCUGCAAAUAAGCUGGAGCUGGAGCUGGAGCUUCCCUCAGAAAAACCGCUGGUUGGAGGUGGUCAACAGAAGUCUCAACAAAACAUGAACAAGGCAAGUUCUUGCUGAGACUCACCCAAAGAAAAUCCCAGAGAAUGCUGAGCACUCAUUUCAGGAUGAAGCUGCAAGAGCAGAGAAGUAUUUGUACCACAAAUGAAUACCGUCCAUUGACCAACAGAGGCAGAAGGAUUCUCCCAACUACUGCAGCCCCCAGGAUGAGAAUCUGGCUCCUCCCGAGGUCGCUUCCUCUCGUGAUGCUGUUCUCCGCCCUGCAGACACCCACCGGGUGUUCUGAGGUUGCAGUUAACAUUGACUUUGACUUGACACCAGAUUCCUUUGAUGAUCAGUACCAAGGCUGCAGCCCACAAGUCAUGGAGAAGCUGAGUCAAGGGGAUUAUUUCACAAAAGAACUAGAAGUACAUAGAAAUUACCACAGGGUCUGGGCGAAUGCCCACUUAACCUGGCUGAACAGAGGGAAAGAUCUCCCCAAGAACAUGAAUAUUACACAUGCUGUGGCCAUCUUGGUUUAUACAUCAAACAAUAGUGUCCGCACAGACUUCGCGAAAGCCAUGGCCAGUGCUGGGAGGUCUCCACAGCCGUAUAAACAUUCAUUCCAUUUCAAAUACCUGCACUACUACCUGACCUCAGCAAUCCAGCUGCUAAGGAAAGAAAUGGUCAUGAAGAAUGACUCUCUGUGUUUUGAGGUGCAUCAUGAGACGAAGGAUAUCUAUUUGGAAGCCUACAGAGGUGCCACCAUCCGAUUUGGCCAAUUCCUCUCCACCUCCCUCCUGAAAGAAGACGCACAGAAGUUUGGGAACCAAACUCUAUUUACCAUAUUCACCUGCCUGGGUGCACCUGUACAAGAAGUCUCUCUCAAGAAGGAGGUCCUGGUCCCUCCCUAUGAGUUGUUCAAGGUUGUAAAUGUGAGCUACCACCCGCGAGGAAAUUGGUUGCUGUUGCGGUCAGCUGGGAACGUGAGCACGUACAACUGUCAGCUGCUAAAAGGUUCCAGCAAAAAGUUCAACCCUGCUCCUGUGGUUAUUGCUUCUCUCUCCUUUUUGACCAGUGUUGUCAUCUCUUCCAAAAGUGGAGUAUAAAGGAACCUUGUGGUUUUGCUUUCUCUGUGCCCUUUUGCUUGAUGCCAGUCAGAGGCAAGCUGAAUACCCUCGGGGAAUCACUCUGCCCAGUUAUCAACUGAUGCAGCGCUUGGCUCAGCCCGCUGCCUGUGAGAGGACCUAGAACGCAGUAUAUUUCUUCUCCAUGGACACAGAGAUUCAUCCUGGAAUAGAAAAGGACCCAGUCAGAGCUGGUGAGAUACAGUCAUGGUAAUGUUUUGGAAUUGGGAUUGGGAAUGGGGUGUGGGAGCCUUUUUAUUGAGUGGAGAUUGAUGAAAGCAGAACGAGUAUGAGCCUACAGCUGCUAGCAGCUCUCUUGCCACCAGUAGGGGAGACUCUGUCUCCUUGAGAAUGGAGUGAACACAAUGAAGGAGGAACUGGAAAAUGAAAAGAAACAGUUCUGAUGAGAGAAUAUGAGCCCCUAGAUCCAACUAUGCC